AUGAAGCUCACAUUCUCAAUUCGCAAACUGACUGCGAACAGUAUGGAUGCCACGACCAAACAAGCUCUUCAGAGCCAGAGCUUCACGGAGAAGGGCGUCGUUCAAAGACGGAGAAACAGCCUCGGGAAGCCAAUAUCGACAGCGAACGAUCAGAAGGAUAUGACGAGCUCGGACCACUCCAGGCAGCUGCAACAGGAGGGCGUGCUCUCGGAAACAAGCUGGAUUUCCUUCUUUUCAGAGGAAGAUACUCCUGCUGGGAGGCGAGCCAAGUGUUUGGUGGACUAUCUCCAUGGAGAUGGACACUAG